AUGAUGAAUCCUUUCACCACAGUAUCGGAUGGAAUUAAUACAGUCUUUGAAAAAUCCAUUGCAUGGAUGAUGGAUGAAUCCGAACCAUCAUCAUCAGGGGUGGCAAGUGGAAAGAAGAGUCCUAAUGAUUCCAAUAGAAACUCCAAUAUUUGGCAACCUCUCCAUAACGAUGACAUGUACAUGAUUCGGGAUGAAUUUGCUCCAUUCCCUUCCGAAGGCUUUGCUGCAGUGCAUAUGAAAGGACAUGUAGAUCCGAACCGAUUCUAUGUACAUGGAGGAAAAACAAGAUUCAAUCAGUUCCAUCAUCCACUUUUGUUGUACUAUGUCGAGAAAUUAGAUUGGAAGAGUAUUUCUCUACGAAUGAUACAGGAGAAUGAAGCACAUGUGAUUGAAGAUUUUCAAGAGAGACCCCGAGCUCAUCAUACUCUCAAUCAAAUCAACUCUGAACAUUUGUUGUUAUAUGGAGGUCAAGUGGGUUAUAGUUCGAGUAGUAUUGGAACUAAUUUAAAUAAUUUCUUUAAACAAAUUGGAAAUGGGAUUACAGGAAAGAGUGAUGAUAAUUCUCAAUAUGAUCCAUAUAUUUAUGACAUUGAUUUGUCACAAAAUACAAUUCAAAGAAUUAGAACACCAGAAAAUACACCCAUUCCAAAACCAAGAAGGUACCACAGUGCAUGUGCCUAUAAAGGAAUUUUAUAUGUCUAUGGAGGAGAAGGUUUCAAUGGAAUAUCUGGACAACAACCAAAAGGAUUUGGUUAUGCAUUUGCUCAAACAUUUAAAAAGGCCAUUCCAGAACCACUUAAUGAUUUUUGGGCAUUCAAUUACAAGACAAAUACUUGGACUCAAUUGAAAUCUCCUCCAAGACCAGGAAGAUAUGGUCAUUCGAUGGUUUUGUGUGAAAAACGAGAGAAAUUUUAUGUCAUUGGUGGCUGUGGACUUAGUGAAAGAAAUGAAGACAUUCCAUUUAAAGAGUUUUUAGAGUACGAUAUUGCCACAAAUACUUGGCAAAUUGCUGGAAUGAUUCCUCAAAAACCUGAAACUGUAGAUCUGAUACCAGCUCGAUGGGGUUCAGCUGCUAUUUUUGAUGAUUUUAUAUUUAUCAUUGGUGGUGAAUUAUUGGACAGACCACGAGGUGCUUUUUCUAAGGAACCUAUUUUAGAUGAUGUUCUUAUUUACAAUAUUAGAAACUUCAAGUUAACAACAGCAGGUAUUGGAGCCAGUGAAUGCACAUUGAUUCUUGCAAAAACCUUAAUUUUCAACAAUAGACUUGUUGUGCUUGGAGGACGAAUGGGAUUAACAACCUAUGCAAAUGCAUCAAUGAUCUAUAUGAACAAUACUGCUUCAAAGCCACUAUUCGGUGUAGACAUUGACGAUUGUUCCAAACGAAUGGUUAAUAUUUGUAUAUCAUAUCUGAAAAAGAGUGCUGCCUUAGAAUUCCCAAGAUUGUUCUCCAACGAAUAUGACACACGAGACACGCUCAUGUUGCGACUAAUGCUCAAUUUUGAUCAUGGACACAUUUCUGAUGAGCAAGAUUUACUGUCUGACCAUGACACAUCUCCAUAUUCUGUUGCUUCACUCAUUUGCUACUUUUUAGAAUCUCUACCAGAACCUCUCUUCACCUCUUUAUUGUAUAGAAAAAUAAUUGAUACUUGCAACAACAGCUCUCAAAGUGCUCAAGAAAAGAUCCAAAUUCUUAGAGAUGCUAUCAAAGAUCUUCCAAAACAGAAUAUUGAAAUUUUUUACACCAUCUCCAAUUUUCUCUGUUUAGUGAGUGACAACUAUCAAACAUCAGAGCAGAACAUUAAGGAUCUAUCCAUCGUUUUUUCUCAUCUUUUUUUAUCUACGAAAAUACCAAAUCAACGCAGUGUUAAAGAUGAUUGUAGUGACAAAGAGGGUAUGACUCCCAAGUUUAAAGCCACAGCAUUUUUGAUAUCCAACCACAAAGAGUUGACCGAGGGGUUGAUUGGUCCUAUCAACACUGAAUUGUUUGUUGCAGCAACAAGUACAGCUGUAAUACCUCAAGAAAUUCCACAAAAGCAAGAGUCGCUCCUGGACCUCUCCAUGUAA